AUGACAAUUCGUGUUGCCAUAGUGAGUUACCAGAUGGCCACCAUCGUUGCCUGUCUCGGUGGCCCCUGUAGCAAGAAUAACGUUGUGGCUUCAAGUAGCCAGUGUGAACGAUGUCAUCCGUGUGGCCAUGAAGGUUGUAACUGUGGCCAGGGGUCCUCCCACCGCCCCAAAGAAUCCUGGGUUUCUAUGGAUACUCCCAAUACUGCUAGAGUCGAAUUAACAUCUCCAAUACACCUAAGAUUCUUGGGGUGCAGUCAGACCAGCCCAGCCCAGCCCAGACCAGACCAGACCAUUCAGCCCAGCCCAGACCAGACCAGCAGCCCAGCCAGACCAGCCCAGCCCAAGACCAGACCAGCCAGCCCAGCCAAGACCAGACCAGACCAGACCAUUCAGCCCAGCCCAGACCAGACCAGCCCAGUCAGCCCAGCCCAGACCAGCCAAGACCAGACCAGGAAAAAGAAGGGGAGUGAUUCAGUUGAGCAUGAAAGAAGCGACAGUCAGUGCGUUCACACAAAGGGCUGGCCACGGGUACAACGGACAGGCCACGGGUACAACGGACAAAAGAACAGGCCACGGGUACAACGGACAGACCACGUGUACAACGGACAAAAGAACAGGCCACGGGUACAACGGACAAAAGAACAGACCACGGGUACAACGGACAGACUAAGGACAGACCACGGGUACAACGGACAGGCCACGGGUACAACGGACAAAAGAACAGGCCACGGGUACAACGGACAGACGAAGGACAGACCACGUGUGCAACGGAUAACACAAAGGACAGGCCACGGAUACAACGGACACAGACACGACGGAAAUGUUCCCUUACUGACAACACCUACUGCUGGCAACACAACGCCUGCUGUUGACAACACAUCGACUGCUGUUGACAACACAUCGACUGUUAAUGACGAGACAACGACUGCUCGUGACAACACAACGCCUGUUAGUGACAACACAACGACUGCUCGUGACAACACAACGCCUGUUAGUGACAACACAACGACUGCUCGUGACAACACAACGCCUGUUAGUGACAACACAACGCCUGUUAGUGACAACACAACGCCUGUUAGUGACAACACAACGACUGCUCGUGACAACACAACGCCUGUUAGUGACAACACAACGCCUGUUAGUGACAACACAACGACUGCUGUUGACAACACAACGACUGCUCGUGACAACACAACGCCUGUUAGUGACAACACAACGCCUGUUAGUGACAACACAACGCCUGUUAGUGACAACACAACGCCUGUUAGUGACAACUUACAACGACUGCUGGCGACAACUGUGACUUCUCCGUGA